ACCCGCUGGAGCCAGCCACAUACCGAGCUCUGCCACCUUCUCACCGGGACACUGCGUUUUUGUAGGGGGCCGGCUAUGGACGACACGCUCACCUGCAGCCCCGCCUCCUUCUCGCAGGUGUUUGGCCGCCAGGGACAGCUCAUGCAGGCCACGGUGCAGUCCCUCACCAGCCUGAACGACCAGAUCUCCCACUUCAUGGUGAACAGGCCCCAGGCCCUGGACCAUGAGGACCAUGCCUUCCUGCCCACCGAGAAGGACACCCUGAAGAAGUCGAUGACCUUGAUGAGGCACCUGCUGGUAGACGCCCAGGGAAAGAUCCUCAAAAUGAUGGAUGACAACAAGCAGCUGGCCCAGCGCAUCGACGGGGCCAUCCAGUCGGCCAGCCAGGAGGUGACCGAGCUGCGCUGCGAGCUGAGUGCCCCCCCUCGCCGGCUGGCCGAGCUGGGGUCCACCGACACCCCAGGCGUGGACAGCAGUCAGCAGCAUCGCCACGGUCUGUCUGGGAAUUUUAGGCAGAAGACAGUGACGGAAUUAUGUUUCCAGAACGACCAAUCAAGUCUGAUGGAUUUCAGUAACCCAGACACCUCCGUGGAUAGAGCGUUGCUGCAGGAUGAGGUGGCCCAGCUCAAGGAGGAGGUGCACCUGCUGAAGCAGAUGAAGGACAUGCUGAGCAAGGAGCUGCAGGACUCCCCUUCUGAGGUGCUGUCCACCACCGAGCUCCGGGUGCAGCUGGAGCAGAAGGAGCAGGAGCUGGAAAGGGCCAAGGAAGCGCUACAGGCGAUGAAGGCGGACCGGAAGCGGUUAAAGGGGGAGAAGGGAGACCUGGCCAGCCAGAUGCAGCAGCUGUAUGCCACGCUGGACAGCCGUGAGGAACAGCAGAGGGACUUCAUCCGGAACUACGAGCAGCACAGAAAGGAGAGCGAGGAUGCGGUAAAGAAUCUGGCUAAGGAGAAGGACCUUCUGGAGAGGGAGAAGUGGGACCUGCGGAGGCAGGCCAAAGAGGCCACGGAACAUGCCAGCACACUCCGCUCCCAGCUGGACCUGAAGGAGAACAGGAUCAAGGAGCUGGAGGCUGAGCUGACCAUGGCCAAGCAGUCGCUGGCUACGCUCACCAAGGAUGUGCCCAAGCGGCACUCCCUGGCCAUGCCUACGGAUUCGGUGGUGAACGGGAGCCAGGAGUGGGUCCUCCACCCCGACCUGCCCCUGACCGCGGCCAUCCGGCAGAGCCAGAACACGCUGUACCAAGGCCACCCGGCACACACCGUGGACAGGCAGGCGGUUAGGAUCAGCCCCGCCCACUCGCGGCAGGCUUCCGUAAUCUCUGACGCCUCAGCCGCCGAGGGCGAUCGCUCAUCCACACCGAGCGACAUCAACUCGCCUCGGCACCGGACUCACUCCCUCUGCAACGUAAGACCGCAUCCAGCUGCUCCCCACAUCAUGCCCCCCCCAUCCCACCCCGGGCGACUCAGGUCGAUGGAGGACCUCGACGACCAGAGGCGUAAGAAGAAGAAGGAGAAGAUCAGCCUGGGCUCUCUGUCGCGGGUGUUCGCCCGCGGCAAGCAGCGCAAGUCCAUGGAUCCGGGCCUCUUCGACGGCACCGCUGCUCCGGAAUACUACAUUGAGGAGGACGCUGACUGGUGACACCAUGACGAUGGCGACCAGCCGCAUGUACAUAGUAUACAUGAACACCAUAUAAAUAAACAUAUGUGUGCGUCUAAAGCUAUAUUUGCAUAUAUUGUUUUUAUAUGUGUUUAUAUAUACAGAACUGUAUAUAUACACAGAGCUAUUGUGUGUGGAUAUGUUUAGCUGUGGUUAAAAAAAUUUAUUUGUCUGUAUAUAUUAUAAUGUUUAUUUUUUGUAACUCAGAACUUGAAGGACUGUUGUGUAUUUUGUAAAUAUCACUGUAAAUUCUGUGUUUGUAAAUGUAUUUUGUUCAGCAUGCCUUUUAAUUUUCCUUUUAUACAUUUUAUAAGGCACUUCUAUUGCUCCCCCCAUAUUUAUGGUCCAGCCCAGUCUACCCCCCCCCCCCCCCAUCCCCCAGAAUGGUACGCUCCCUCAGCUGUUUCUGUGUGGGCUCUAUGUUUAAGUAAUCAAAUCGAACCUAUGACUGUGUCCAAAUGCGGAUUGGUUGGGCCAGAACCAACAGUCAUUGCCUGUGGCCGAAGCAUGAAAAAAUCCCUCAUCUUCAAAAGACAUCCUGACUGAACAUUGAAAAAUUCCAUGUGGGAGUAAUUAUUUAGUAAUUAUUUGCAAGUAUUCAUGGUAAAAUGUGGGUGUUUUGCCCUCUGGGAUAGGAACAGUUUUGCAUGAUGUAGCAAGAGUGGUUUUCAGUUUAAAGCGAACAUCCAGGCUUUUAGAAGCUGUAGGACUGGUCCAAACCCGCAGUCUAUGGGCAGGACACAGAAACACAGAACAGUGAACGGGGGCUGGUGGAUGUACUCUCUGUUUGUGUGUGUGUGUUUUUUUUUUUGGGGGGGGGAGGGGUGGUAGUUGGGGAAAUAACCGGCUAUGGGAGGGAAUGUAUUUAUUUUUUCUCGUCUUACAUCAUCAUUUUCUAGAGAGAAAGGAGGGUGCCUCUCCUGGAGAAAUCACGAACUGCACUUUGAUCACCCCCGACUUUAUUUUAGUGGUUUUCCCGCAUUCAGAGUCCUGUGACAGACGCCUUCUCUUCUGUCUGCUGACACGCUGGUGGAGUCAGGUUGCCUCCGUGUGAGUGGAGACAGUCCGCUUCUCGAAGACCUCCAGCCCGCUCUGUCUGUCUCAUGUUUACAUGAACCGCUUUUGGCUCUUUUCUUUUACACCGAAAUAGAACAGCAGUUUGUGAGAGAUAAGGCUACGUUUUUCUGCAGAGUAUUCAGGCUAAAUCCAUCUUCUUCUCCCUGCUGAAUAAACGGCAUCUGUUUCUGGAAUGGUAAAUGGUGAUUGUGCUAAUUAGGAGCCGUGUAUUUUGGAAAAAAAGAGUGUUUAAGCAACAGAUCUGAGGAUUAUUUAUUGCGAGUCACUGUGCCUUCAUUGCAAAUAUGUCUCAUGCACUGUGGAAGAGAUGGGGGGGGCAGACAGGUGCAUCUGCAGGUAUUUCUGUCUUUCGGUUUACAAAUUUUGUGAAAACGUCCCCAGCAGGGCCUAAAUCUGAUGUACUCGGGGAGGAUGCAUUUCUGUUUGUGACUUCGUCUGCUUUGAAAACAUCUAAAGGUGCCAAAUGUUUCGUUUAUCAUCUGUCACCUGCUUUGGCAUUCAGGGAUUAUUAAGUAGCGUAAAACGAGAUUCAAAAAGAUGUCCCCAUAAAAGUAAGAAUACAAAUGUGUGCGUGCAUGUAUGUGUGUGUGUUUAUGGUAUUGUGAAAGCGUCCAAGUCAUCUGGUUCGUGAUUAUAGAUUGUUCCUACUUCAGAAAUUCUAGACAUUAUAUGUGUGAGUACAGGCGUAAAUCAUGUCUAUGCUUGUGUGUGUGUGUGUGUGUGUGUGUGUGUUCCUCAGCACAUCCUUCCCAAACUCAAACCAGAUUCAGCAUCGCAUAACAGACACUCACGAAUGCCACAGCGACACCAACCCCACAGAUAAGAAUAGCUGUUAAUUAAAAUGGAAUCCAAACGAGGACGUGCCAAACGGUGUGCAGUGUUUAAUGAAAAGCGGAGCUGUUUCUCGCCUUGCAUACAGCCGCUUUGUCUCUUGUCUGAUGCUCAGCCCUGCCUUGCCUUAAAGCAGUCUGUCUUUGUUCAUUCCCCACCUGAUGUGUGGAAUAAGGUGCGUUUCGGGAGUGAGUGUUAGAUGAACAAUGUAAUUAAAUCGUUUGUUUCAUUCGCUGUAAAGGCACUGACAGUUUUUUUUUAGGGUAAAAUAGCAUAAUUUUAAACAUAAUUUCUGUAUUUCAAUUCUGUGGAUAAUUUUAUGUUGUCUGUUUUGUAAAUUAGGAAAUAUUGAUGAGAUUAAAUAUAUUAGAAUUUUAUUUAAAGAACCGGAAGGAAGGAAUGUCAAUAGCUUAAUAGCUAAGGAGCUGUUUGCACUCGGACCUCUGACCUCUCUGUUGUUCGGGGUGAAAUGGACUGUGGUUUCAGCAGCAUGGAAACCCGUGACAUAAAUCUAAUGAAAGACUUAUUUUGAAAUAAAAUGAAAGACCGAA